AUGCCCGGCAACCUCGCCGGAUGCUUGAUGACCCACUGGAGAACUACACCACAGCCUGCCUCACUCGCCGAGGAAAAGGGAGUCCCCGGCUUCUUCUGGUCGCUUCAGACCGGGCUCCAUAACUUGUGGAAAGGCAAUGUAUUUAGCUUACAGUACGAGCUGCACUGCCGGGCGGACAACAGUGGAUCUCCUCCGAGUCUUAGAGAUGUGCGUGUGACCCCUGACGUUUUCAUGUCCUCAGUGGACAUGACACAGCAGGCAGCACUGCAGCCUGUCAAGCUGGACGCACCAAUAAAGAGCAUACAACUCGAUGGAGAGGCACAAGAGGUAUCUUCAUUGGGACCAGCGUGCGCAAGUGCGCUUGCACUCGAGCCACACUCUCCCCAUCAGCCAUCUAGCCGUAUCUUACCAGGUGGCGACGGUUCCCUGAGGCUUUUUGACUCGAAGGCAUUCUCCAUGAUAGGCCGACUGCAGCUUGCAGCGCCUCAAGACCCGCCGGUGGCGAUCGCGUGCCUUGGAGACCGUCACGCGCUGCUUGCGACGGCCUCCGGAGAACUCCUGUCGCUCGUCCUUGAUUUGUCCUUCAAGGAACGGGCAGAUGGGAAAGCCCCAACGGGACCACAGAUUAAGCACGCGAGUGUUUCGAAAAUAGCGAACACCGUCACUGCUUGUUUUGGGCCAACCUUCACUGUGCAACAAUCCAUGCCUUUUGGAAGCAGUUGCAGUAGCGCUGACUGCACUUGCUGUUCGCUAGAAGCGUCGGCAACGAAAAAAAUUCCUACUGUGGUGGAAAGCCUUGUGGGCCAGCAGCCUGCCGCAGGCAUAAGCGGUAUGGAUAGCCGAGUCGGUUUCGCGCUGUGUCUGUCGGGUGGAUACUGCUCUGUUGGGGCUUACACAAGAGCUUGUCCUGAUAAUAAAUGGAUACUGUGCCCAAAGACAUGUUUCGGAGUCCGCUUCAUCCCAGACAGCGACACUUCCGUCUCUUCAUCAAGUCAUUCAGCCGCUUCCCGGGCAUGUUUCACCGACAGCAACACGUUAAUUGUUGCUAGGGGGGAUUUGGUGUUCUGCGUAGACUGCCAGGCACAGCAGGUAACGCGCCAGAUAAAUAUUCACGAGGCUCUUGGCCAGCCCAUUUGCCAAGCCACAAUACCCGUUUCAGUGGCAGCAAUUUGCUGCCUACGGCAGGGCAGGGCAGUUAUGGUAACGGAACGAGGAGAGGCGCUGCUGCUGGAGGUGGCAACGUGGUGUAUGGCCAGCCUUGCCCAUCAUGGCAUUCACCCGCAUUUGCCAAGGGCCCAUGGAAGGGCUGGUGGAAAUCCUAUAUGCAUCGCUGCAUACAGUGAAGACGAGUUUGUGUUGUCUUGUGAUUGUUCUAUCAGCAUGGUCCACGUGUUUUAA